CUUCACUGCUAAACUCGGAUUUGUUUAUUGGUUACGCCUUGGGAACAGCUGCUUUGAGCGGCUAGUAGCUAGCUACAGACUAGCUAACUUAACUGUAGUCAAAUUAUAUUACUCCUUUCCACCUUUUACAUUUCACGGGGUGACAGUUGCCAUGGAGCCUGCCUGCCGUAAAGACAAGCCAAAACUGAACUCUACCCCGACCAGAGGAGACAGAGCCAAGCAGAAGUCUGCACAGCAAGAGCUCAAACAACGACAGAGAGCUGAGAUUUAUGCUUUGAACAAGGUGAUGACAGAGUUGGAACAGCAGCAGUUUGAGGCCUUUUGCAAACAGAUGCAGUCACAAGGAGAAUAAUGAGUUCAGCCCAACCUCUUUCAUCUGGACCAGGCCCUGUCACCCUGCAGAAACACCAUGUAUGCACACUAUUACGGACACAAAGUCACGCUUAAACCUACACUGAUGUUCAAUAAUAUGAUCUUUGCUCUAAUGUGUUACUGAUUCAAAUUUGUGACGCUUUCACCUGGAUAUGCCAGAGAGUAUUUUGUUAACUGAAAGCAUUGUAGGUGAAAGAGUCCAAACAAGAACAACUGGAAGCAGAGUUCCAUAUUUCAUCGGGUCUUUGCUUAUAUACACAUAUGUAUAUUAUAUUUGUUACAUUUCUGUAAUGGUUAAACUGAGCUUGCCUGCUCAUUUUUUCAAUACUGUCCAAACUGAAAUUUACAUGUACUGAGUUUCUGUGGUUGACCAGGUCAAACUCAGAUGAUCUGUAAGUUUACUCACCCAAGUGGUAGCAGUGUUAAUCACUCUGGAAGGGCAAUGGUGAUCAAUUUUCUCAGGUGGUCAGAUCCCUUCCAGUUAAAAGCACUUUUGAAAACGGGCUUCGGACCUUAUCACCUCUCACUAGUAGUUUUCUCAAGUCAGAAGUGUAAUGUAAGCAUCUUUGAGGAACAGUUUUUCUCAGAGAACCAUCCAAUGUGUUUUGCACUCCCAUGUACAAAACAUCCAUUCAUGUGAAGACAAUGAAGUUUUUAAUUGGUGAAUGAUGACUGAAAAGUUUUUAUUCUGUUUUCUUUGUCACUCAGGCUGCAAUUUGCGAUUCCCUUGCUAACAGCACUACAGCUGGAUAUCACAUUGUUUUUGGCUGUAUGAUCUAUGGUCUUUCAUUUGCCAUGAUGAAGGAAAAUAUUGACUGAACUGAAAAAGUACUAGUAAUUUCAGCGACUGUUGAAAGACUGCAAUUCAUAGAAACAAUGUCAGAACAUCAGUGACUCAUAAACAUAUAUUAAUGUAGCUUUAAAACAGGCGGUGCCCUUAAAGCUGGGGUAGGCAGUUUUAUUAUGGCGUCAUUAGGCAAAAAUCUAAUAAUUACUUUCCAGCAUAUUUUAAUUCAAGUGGAUAAUCAAAACUAGACAUCUGCACCUUAUCCUGGCUCUGUUUUUAGGUUUUGGAAAAUCUAGCCCGGGACCACAUCACUGUGCAGAAGGAAGUGUGCAUCUACUCAUAGACGAGAGGCUUGUGCUCGGGACUGCAGAAGAUGUAAACAUAAAUAAUGUUCUUCUUGGCUGAGCUGUGAUGUCAGCCAGCUCAGUGGUGCUAGGUGAGCUAGCAGUAGAUGCACUCUUCCUUCUCCGCAGUGAUAUAGUUGGCAGGUGUAGUUCAGUACAAGGAAAAUAGUUCCUACAUGAAACUACUCACAACAAGGUCUGUGGAUUAUCUUGAGUAACCAGGGUAUGGUUUCUGGAAAGAGACAUUGCUGUUGAGUUUUUUUAAACGUAUUCUUUGGCGCUUUGAGCACCACAAGCUGAGUGCCAUCUAGUUCCAUUAAUUGCAAGGAAGGCAGACAACACUCACCAACAGAUUGAUGAAUAGUACUUCAGCUAAGAGGAAAAAUAUGUACUUUUUGAUUUUGGGGUUAUUAUAUGUUGUGGCUGCACAUCUCUGUGCUUGUCUGAUGGGAAGGGUUUAGAACAGAGAGGGGAAAGCUGCAGGAGGAGGGUCUAUUUCCAAAUUCUGCUUUGUGUUUGUUUUGCUUUCUCCAGAAAACUGCCUGCCCCAGCUUUAAUAUGCCAGUGUUAAUGGUGCUCACCUUGAACACUGUCUGGUGAAUGACAUUGUAUGCAGUGCCAAUAGUGUCGCAUUCACAAUUUUUGCAAUCUAAACAACUUCUAUUUAUGGCGUUGACUGCAAAAUAUUUUUAUUGUUAAGAACAGUAUGUCAGCUUUCACUUGAGUUAUACAAGUUUGAUUUAAUGAAAAUAAAAAUGAGUUGUUUUUUAAAA